UGCUAGCAGAGACAGAGAGUGCAAGCAACAUGAGCAGCAGGAGCAGCAGGUGCGUGUCCACGAACUCGAGAGGGCUUAGCGGCAGGCUGCCACCGUCGUCCGAAGGUGUCCCGGAGACGAGCGAGCGCGAGGCGGAGGAGGAGGACGGCGAGAUCGUGCACUUCAGCCACCCGGAGCACCGGCUGGCCCGGUUCGACUUCCCCUACCUGUUCCUGUGCAUGGGGUGCAAGGAGUACGGCGCCGGGAAGCGCUUCAUGUGCCAGGCCUGCGGCUUCCAGCUCCACGAGUUCUGCGCGCUGGCGCCGCCGUCGCUCCACGACCACCCGUUCCACCCCAAGCACCCGCACCUCCUCUUCUUCGCCAAGCCAGCAGGUGGGUUCCUCCGGUGCAAGUGCGACAUCUGCGGCAAGUCGGUGAAGGGCUUCUCGUUCCGGUGCGCGUCGUGCGGGUUCGACAUGCACCCGUGCUGCGCGGCCAUGGCGCGGCGGAUGGAGCUCCCGGCGGCGCACGAGCACCCGCUGGAGCUGGCGGCGCAGGACGGCGCGGAGACGAGCCUCGUGUGCCAGGUGUGCAGGCGGGCGACGACGGCGAGGCGGUCCGGCGGGUCGGCGGGGCACACCGUGUACCGGUGCCUGCCGUGCGGGUACUGCCUCCACGCCCGGUGCGCCAAGGACAUGGUGAACGGGCUGUACGAGCACGGCAUCGUGCCGCCGGAGAGGCGGAGCGCGAUCGCCGCCGCGGCCAGGGUCACCGUGAACGCGCUGUUCGGGGUACUCGGCGGCCUCAUCGAGGGGAUCGGGGAGGGGAUCGGCGAGGCCUUGGUCGAGAACAUCGGGAGGAGCAGGAGGAGCUUCAGAUGAAUGGGAUGGGGUGUGUCGUGUGUGUUGCAUCUUCUUCGUGUCGUUCGCCGUCUCGUACGACGAUACAAAACACAAACUACAGUGUAUAUGUAUAUACAGGCUGCGGCACUUGUAUUUCCGCGCUUGUGUUUCAAAAUACAACCGAAAUUAGUCAACUAAUUACACACAGUAUCCACCUUUAGUUGGGGACUAAUUUUUUAAGGCCAUGUUGCCCUGGUUUCAUAGUUCGACUUGCCUAUUUCAAAGAGUGAGCAGCAUCGUUCGCGACAAGGGAGAACGAUGGCAACAAAUUGCG